UGGGGGAGCCUGAAGAUCUAUCGCUAAGCGGCUGGCAGAGCGGAGCAGUUUGCAGCACGUUGGAGCAGCUCACAGAACAGUGAGCAGAGUGGAGCUGGUCGUGGUGAAGGCUGCAGCAGAACUCCACGGAGAGGCGGAGCAGUUUGCAGUGCGUUGGGGCAGCCCAUGGAACAGUGAGCGGAGUGGAGUGGUUUGCGGGGGUGGCUGGAGCGGCUCACGGGUCAGCUGGAGGAGCGGCACAGCUGGUGGAGUGGAGCUGGUCAUGGUGAAGGCAGCAGCAGAACUCCAUGGAGAGGCGGAGCAGUUUGCAGCGCGUUGGAGCAGCCCAUGGAAGAGUGAGCAGAGUGGAGCAGUUUGCGAGGGCGGUUGGAGCGGCUCACGGGUCAGCUGGAGGAGCGGCACAGCUGGUGGAGUGGAGCUGGUCAUGGUGAAGGCUGCAGCAGAACUCCACGGAAAGGCAGAGCAGUUGGCCCCUGGCCCACAAAAAAACUAUAACCAACUCUGUGACAAGCAGCCUAUAGGGAGACUUCUCUUCAGACAGUUCUGUGACACUAGGCCAGAUUUGAAGACAUGCAUUGAAUUCCUGGAUGCAGUGGCCAAGUAUGAAGUGUCUUCAGAUGAAAAGCGUAAAGAUUGUGGUCUGAAAGUUUUAGACACAUACUUCGCUAGCGGGUCUGCAGCCUACUUACCGGAAAUACCUCAGGAUACAGUGAAUGAAUGUAAAACAAGACUGGAGCAGAACCCUUGCAAAGAUCUUUUUAAUGACUGCACUAGGGUUGUCCAGGAUUAUUUAAGUGGAGCACCUUUUGAGGCUUAUCAAAAAAGCAUCUAUUUCUCCCGUUUUUUACAGUGGAAAUGGUUGGAAAGGCAACCAGUAACCAAGAACACAUUUAGAUAUUACCGAGUACUAGGCAAAGGAGGAUUUGGAGAGGUAUGCGCUUGCCAAGUGCGGGCAACAGGAAAAAUGUAUGCUUGUAAAAAGCUAGAAAAAAAGAGAAUAAAGAAGAGAAAAGGAGAAUCGAUGGCAUUAAAUGAAAAAAGAAUUUUAGAAAAAGUGAACAGUAGAUUUGUAGUUAGUUUAUCCUACACCUAUGAGACUAAAGAUGCCCUAUGUUUAGUAUUAACCAUUAUGAAUGGAGGGGAUUUGAAGUUUCACAUUUACAACAUGGGAAAUCCUGGCUUUGAUGAAGAAAGGGCUGUUUUCUAUGCUGCAGAGCUCUGCUGCGGCUUGGAGGACUUACACAGAGAGAGAAUUGUUUACAGAGACUUGAAGCCUGAGAAUAUUCUCCUUGAUGACUGUGGACACAUCAGGAUUUCAGAUCUUGGAUUAGCUGUGCAGAUCCCAGAAGGAGAAACAGUCCGAGGGCGGGUUGGAACUGUUGGAUAUAUGGCUCCAGAAAUCCUCAACAAUGAAAACUAUACAUUCAGCCCUGACUGGUGGGGUCUUGGCUGCCUAAUUUAUGAAAUGAUUCAGGGACAAUCACCCUUCAGGAAGCGUAAGGAAAAGGUCAAACUGAAUGAGAUAGACCGAAGAGUGAAGGAAGACCAGGAAGUGUACUCGCACAAAUUCUCAGAGGAGGCAAAAUCCAUCUGCAGGAUGUUACUUGCCAAAGAUCCAAAGGAACGAUUGGGGUGCACUGGAGAUGGAGCUGCUGCUGUAAAGCAGCAUCCCAUUUUCAAGAAUAUUAACUUCAAGAGACUGGAAGCAAACAUGUUAGAACCUCCAUUUUUACCAGACCCACGUGCGGUGUAUUGUAAGGAUGUUUUGGAUAUAGAGCAAUUCUCCACAGUAAAAGGAGUGAACCUGGAUACUACAGAUGAUGACUUCUAUUCCAAAUUUGUUACAGGUUGCGUUUCAAUCCCUUGGCAAAAUGAGAUGAUUGAAACAGAAUGCUUUCAAGAGCUCAUGUAUGAAACUGAUGUCACUUUGUCACCAGACCUAGAUAUGAGUAAGAAUACUCCUAGACCAAAGAGAGGCUUCUUUCACAGACUCCUCAUGAGAGGGGUCUGUUUUAAAUCUGGUUAUAUUGAUGAUGAAGAGGAGUUCUCUAGACUCUAAAUCAGAGAAUUGUAGCCAAAAAAUAAAAGGAUGAGUGAACUCUGAAUGUUUUUAUCUAUGUAAAGUGUAUUAUAAAUGUAAAA